UAACCACCAUGAGGCAUUAGAUUGUAAGCGUCCCUUUGUGCUUUUUAUAACAUCUCGCUUUCAACCCACAUCCCCAGACCGUCCCACAUCAGAGCUAUUGACGAACCAUCCACCAUAUAUUGCGAAGCAAGGCUACUUGAGAUGUCUGCCACCUCGGAAUCUGACAAGACUGUCUUGCAGUAUAUUAUCACCCACGUCUUUUGUCCCAUCAAAUUACCACAGGAAGACGAUUAUACUCCUGAAAACGAUCGCUUCCUCCUUGAUGCCGUGCUAGGCUCCGCUCGCAAAUUCGUGAGCCCUUUGCCUGGCAACGAUCAGGAGCAGUGGGGUCCUUUGUUAAAGAUGCUGGAGAGUCUUGCCGUCACAAUAUCUUCUCCUUCCCUGACCGAAGACAUCGAGUCGCAAAUUAAAUCCAUGCAAGCAGGAGAUAUUCUUGCAUAUCUGAUCCGAACACAAAAUGCUGCUGUUGUGCUUCGUAAGCUCGACACGAAAACAAUAUUUGAAUCCUUCGAAGUUUCUCCACCGUCGUCUGUCGUCAUGGCGGCAAGGGGGAAGCUGCUGUGUUCGUAUCCAGGACCCGCAAUCGCCGUACCAAACUCAGUCGUAGAUAACCCUACGUUUACCUCCGAGUUAGCGAACUUUCUCUCGCACAUGAACUACGAUGAGUUAGAUCCGGCGACAAUGACCACCGAAGGACAUUCCACACUCCUCCGAGGAGAGACCGCCCACCCCCGUUAUGUCACCCAGCUUCUCACGGAGAUCCUUCGCGCCUUUGGCGAGCCGGCUGACAUUCCUCGCAUUCAAAAACGUCUAGGCGAUGAUGCCUUACAGUCUAACGCCACCCUCCCUUGGCGAAGAUCAUCCCUCUGGCUUGUCAGUAGGGUUGCAUUGCAGACAUCUCUCGAGCGCACCAGCCUUGGACGAAACAGUUACAAGGCUUUCAUGGCUUCGCUCAUGACGGACCUUGUGUCCAAAGCGCUUGAGAUGGAUAUGUCGAGCGAUCUGCUCUACUUCAUGUCCACCAAAAUCAGUCGCCGCUUGAUUAAGCUUCAGGCUGAAGACGAAUUCUCAGCCGUCAUGAUGCACAAAGCUACUGAAGAUAUCAAAGACCGACUAGAGCUGCGCUGGAAGAAUGUUCAGGCGGCUCAGGCGGAUUCCCCUCAUUGGGAUGCCUCAGAGAUGGAUAUAACCGGAGAUACCAAACUCUCUUUGACCGAAAGUAAGGAGUAUAUCGCCGGUGUCUUACAUUCUACCCAUGUCCAACCCAACGUGCCAGACUUUCAACCUCAUCAUCACCAGCGGGGCACUAUCGACGACUUCCUUGGUCCUGACGCCAGCUUCUUCGCGAGCGCGUACGUCGAGGACCCCUUUGUAGCGCUCUCUGAUUUCGAAUGUGCCAUCGAGCGGCACAUUGAUGGCUGGGUUGAUGGUGUCAUGAACCUUGAUGCUGCUCGCAUUGAUGCCGCUUGCUUGACCAUUCAAGCACGUGCUACAAGUUAUUCCACCAGAGCGCAACCUUCCUAUUCCGGAAAUCCUGAGAACAUAUCCAUCAUGCUGCUCACGCUAUUCGAACUCUGGGUCGCGCUUGACAAGCUGGCUGUUAAAUCAAUUCCUCUCCUCAAGGAGUACUCUCCGGAGGUCCCAGUUGUCAUUUUCAAUCGCCUUCUCCUUCAAAAGGGUGUCGCUUUAGAGCGACUCAGACUUCUUCAACAAUAUGUUGCCCUUCGCACCCGCCAUGCUCACUCGGGCUUCUCUGUCUUCUCGGAUGGCGCGGACGAGAACACCUUCGCAGUCCGUUAUUAUUACCAAUCUGAGGAGCUGCAGUCAUGCAAGCGCCGCAUCGAACACGAUGCAGACGCUAAGCGGACAGAGCGAACUGCAGAUCUUCGCAACAAAAGCAACAAGUACCAGCAUCUCACAAAUGAAUAUGUUCUCACUACGUGUGACACCUUUACGAACUGGCAGGGUUGGACACGACACGACAGAUAUUGCCGUCGGUGCGAGAAAUUGCAGGAGAGGGAUAGGCUUUCUGUUGAAACUCAUAAAUGGCCACUCCCCGAGCACGUCAAUGAUGCAGCGGUGGUGGUAUUCGAACUCAGUGCUCCGGUUGCUUUCAAGAUGUGGCGAUCUUUCACCUUCCAUUUUCUUCAUGACAUAUGCACCCCAACUACACAACCGAAUCAAAGUGCGACGCAGCACAUGCUACUUGCGUGUCAUGAACCGCUCGUAUGCUAUCACGUAGAGCAUCCUGGUCAACGUAUCACGUUGGCCUCCGCGACAAAGGCCUCCUCGAACUCUCGCAAGUCCCUCCCAUGCACUGAAAGCGAGAUCUUCAUCCAAAAUGAGCUGUGUUUCCGCCUUUACGAUACGACCAAAGGUGUUUGGGCCUCCGGUCCUUUUCGAAACACUGACCUAUUCGAUAUUUGCACGUACGUGUUGCCGGAAGGUCCGUAUCAUGGGCUGCAAUAUUAUCUGUCGGGUACCCAGCACACCCCCAACGAGGUCUUAGCCAACCAGGCUACAUGCCAUGCCGAGUUGACGCUUCACGAAUUCAUCGCUUUUGGGAGCCUCCGUAGCGGCACCCUUCUGCAGUGGAUCAACAUUCUUCGUGAAUUGCGAGCACGCACGCUCACGUUUCGCGAUCCUGCGGUCCACUUGCUGCUGCUCCAGGCUAGUUGUGAAGUGGGAGAGCUUUCGGCCGACGGGUCUAGGGUAUGGCACGAUGAACUGAAAGUCUCCGAUUUUGGGCGCGCCCUGAUCGAUGAGCUCCAAAGCUUAAAAGUAAGCGUGGAAGCUAAUUGGCUGGAGGGCACAACGAUGGCAACGAUCUCCGCCUUGGCGUCCCGCCUUCUCUCAUCAGCAGAAGAUUUCAGCGUCAUUCAGCGCUCGUACGAGUUGCUGCGAGCUGUCCGAAACACAACUUUCAAAUGGGUGCAAGAACUAUCCAAAGCUCUGCAAGCUGCUCCAGAUGAAGAGUCUAGUCGUGAAUGCCAAGCCCGUGUUCGCGACAUGGCAGCAAUUUGUCGCAGCACCUACGAUGUUGGCCCAGAUAAUAUCACAGAACUUCUCCAAUCGCCACAUGACUUGGGGAUCUUGGCGUACUGCUCUGUUACAGUGAGGGAUAACGUCCCUCUAGAUCUACGUGCUCUCCCGCCAAUUCCAAGGUUACUUCUUGAACGCAACCGUCGGUUGUCGCACUUUCUUGAGACCUAUUUCCGAUACCAUGUCGAAGACGACCAAGAAGGCCUUGAUCAGGCUAUGGAACAUAUCUGGCAUGCAUACCGGCGCCACACGCGCUGGACAGUGCUUGAAUCUCCAAACUCUCGGUGGCUUAGGUGUGAAACAGCGCCUUCUAACGACCCAUCCCGCCAAACCGUUCACCUUGAUAUGUUGACGGCUCGCCUAUUGGUUGAUGGCAAGCCAUUAACCAGGCUGCCAGAUUUCUUUGUACAACAUCCUAGUUACACCGUACUCUUCGGUCAUCAAGUGCUUGAUGUUUUCCCCACAAGCAUUUGCAACGCAGAAUUUGCUUCUAAGGCUUUUAUACACGGCUUUCAAAUAUUUUUCGGCAUGCGCAACGGGGAUGUUGUCAUUCAGUCAAAACAGAAGAAUGGGGACCUCCUCGAGCUAAUCCCUGGAGAAAAGCUUAAGCUAGACAUCCCCGCAUUACUGGUCAAAGAUCACGUGCAUUGGCUCAACAAAAGCACUGGUGCGAUCGAAUUUCGUCCGAUGGAGACAAUGUGGCACUCGUCCGACAAGAACUGGGUGUUGCAAUUCACGGAAGGCGGACACUCAGUCGCGUGGCAGGGCAAGUCAACUCUUAUCGACAUUCGUAGCCCCUCUUUCUGCAUGAUGGCAAAGACACUGAGCCCGCUCGAAGAUUUCCGAUACCUGAUUGUCACUUGCAGCGCGGACGCAGGCCAGACUGUAGUCAAGGUCGAUCUCCCUCGGUUUGGGCUCUCUUUCUUUAUAGACAGGGAUGGAGACUUGCAUUCGCGCAACCAGCGAGGCAUGGUCAUUGAUGAAGAUCAGUCUACUGGUACAAUGCUUGGACUUGUUAACCAGCUCGUUUUGCGCCCCAAAGAUCGACAAGCUUGCAGUGAUCGCCGUGUCAUCAUCCCACAAGGUGACCUUGUAGUAGAGCCCAGAGGCCACCAUGUCCAGGUCACCGUCCGUACCAGUCCUAAUCAUGCUCGCCGUCCCUAUCACUGUUAUACCGUUGACGUGGAACUCGGCCGCCUGACAGGAAUCGUUGGUCUCACGAAUAAACUGUACAAGGUGUACUUGCACGCCGUGUGUAGUGCCCAUGUUCCGGAUCCGUUGACCAAACGCACCGGUUUGGAAGAAGCCAUGUGUUUGUUGCAAUCCGCCGCAUGCUAUUCCUUCAUGAAGCUGGACCCGUUCGACUCCAAGCUUCUAGCUCAGAUAGGCUCCUUGACCGUUGACCGGAAAUGGUACAUAAUGGGGUUGCAGGAGGUCCACUGGCAAAGUGGCUUAUCAUCUUAUGUCCAAAGCUGCGCGUUCUACCAUGCUGCGAGGAACAUAGUCCAAUAUGCACAAAAGCUGCAGGUGCUCAGCGAAACACCAAUUGCAGUUUGUCCGAACUUUCCAUCACGCGACAAGUCCCUCCUGGAACGUGCUUCUCAGCGGUCCAUCGUCCUUUACUCCCGAGAUUUAGUCGAUUCCUUCUAUUCCAGCGAAUCGUCCAACAGUGCCAGAUAUGCUUCCAGGGAUGUCCAUUGCCCAACCGACGAUCAAAAAGCUUUUGAUUGCGCACGUAUGGUGCGCGACUGGAGUAUCACGCUUGAGCCUUGUCGGGCGCUCUACGAUGUCUUCGUUCAGUGGAACAAUGUUUUUGGAAAAACACGCAAUAUAUCGCUUCAAUAUAGCCGAGAGUGGUUGAAGCCUGACUUGGCUCAGAGAUGGAUGUCCGUCUACGAACUUUGUCGCCACGCGGAUCGGGAGACUCACACAUUCCAACUCGCCUUCACAUUAUCAGCCAUGACUUACUCCUCCCCAGAGAAUGUGGGACUCGCCGCGACCAUGUUCGCGUUUGCGGUUAUUCCUGAGUUUCGUGCAAUUUGCUCCCCCGGAUAUGACGUAUACGACCUUUCAUUUGGAAUCGAACCCCUAAAACAGGAUAUCAGCCGCCACAUCUCUUCAUAUACUUCCUUUAGCAGUAGUCCUGAGGCAUCCUGGUCUCGUUACAAUGACGAGUCGCACCGCGACUUGGAAAGCCGGCGACAAAAUCACUUCCAAUCCGAGUGUCUACGUGAACAGAAAGCGGCAGUCGAUAUCCUUCUUGAUUGUUGGCCUUGCUAUUCCGUCCCUACACGCGCUCUGGAUUGUCUGAGCGGCUCCCGAUAUGACAAGCCCAAUGUUAGCGCUACCCUUGAAAAGCAAUACUCGAACUGCUAUCGCAACCGGUGUCUGAAGACAUAUCUGGAUCGCGUGCAGAAUGUGCUUGAUGAAGCGAGGCGGAUUUUCACGCCGUCCUUCGAGCAAUCAUACACAUUCACCCCAAGCAAUUCAGAUGUUAUGUCAGUCACCACCGCCGUCCUUACCAAAGACUUGUUCAAAAAGCCUCCGCCCAUCAUCACAUUACCCCCUGAUCCACUCAAGCAAAGUCAUGUUUCACUGACUGACACGUCCUCUGGCGGCGGGCUUGAUUCAUCUCCACUGGAGCAUGUCAUCUCGAACCUCUCGCGACGUCGAUCGGACCAGUUUGGUAGCCAGUAUGCUGCACAUCUAGAAGACAGCAGAACCCAUCUAGAGAAUGAACAAUCGCCCACCGCGCUGUACCCGGCUCGCUGGACAGUUGACAUGUUGCAACAUCAUCAUACAUGGUGUAAUAAGCUCUAUAAAAACGCCUUUCGUAAAUUGGAGGAGCAUCUAGCUCCUUCGAGUUUAGCAGAGGAGAGUUUGUUCAAUUCUGGGCAAUGGCCACGCAUUACCGUUACAUUUCUGCUCGGCCUCCUCGCCUCCACGUCAAAAACGCCCGACUCAUGGAAAGCCCCUUUGACCAAUUUCGCCCAUAUUCUUCUUCGACUGCAAAGAUCACGACGACUUCUGAAAUUGAAGUUAGCAGCUGAUGGCGACAGUGAGGAGUUCGCAAAAGAGCUGGCGAACGACGGUUACCUAGGAGUGGAUGGUACGCAGAAAUAUCUGGACUGGCUUCUAAUUCAGGCAGAGAACCGAUUUCUUAUCCGUCACAUGCAAGCUAGUGUGGCAAUCGAGAUGAUUUCCCCAAGCUCUAACAACAAUACCGCCCUGCAGCUUCAUAUGGGGGAAGGCAAAUCUUCCGUGAUUGUACCUAUCUGUUGCGCUGCACUAGCAGACCGCAGCAAUAUGGUACGGGUUGUCGUGCUAAAGCCUUUGGCUGUGCAAAUGUUUCAGCUGCUCGUGGAACGGCUCAGCGGCCUUACCAACAGGCGAAUUUUCUACAUGCCAUUCUCCCGUUCCUUGCCCAUUACUUCCAACCAUGCAGAAAUCAUCCAGUCACUGUUUGAUGAGUGCAAAACCGUUGGUGGUAUUCUUAUCGCACAACCAGACCACAUCCUCUCUUUCAAGUUGAUGACCGUCGAGCAACAGCUUUCGCCUGCGAUUGCGGUUGGACGACAUUCGACAGAAUUGGCCACGCCCCUACUGAAUAGUCAACGAUGGCUUGAUACGCACACUCGCGACAUACUAGAUGAGAGUGAUGAACUGCUGCAUGUUCGCUUUCAACUUAUCUACACUAUGGGCGAUCAACAGCAAUUGGAAGGUUAUCCUGAUCGAUGGACCACAAUACAGCAGGUGAUGACCCUUGUGGAAAGACAUGCUUGCGGUCUGCACGAAGAAUUUUCUCCUCUUGGAGUAGAUUUCCAGCAAGGCGCUGUCGGAACCUUCUCAGGUUUCAGAAUCCUGGAUGAUCAUGCAGGUAAAAAGUUGGUCGAGCUGCUUUCUGACGACAUCCUUGCCGGCCGUCUUCCAAAUUUCGCGUUCGACCACGUGCCAUCUCAUAUCAAAGACUCCAUCCGUGACUUUUUUAUCCAACCCACUAUUGACCCACAACUCCUUCGCGACUAUUGCGCCGGGUCCAGUCUGUGGAAUGGACUACUACUCAUUCGAGGUCUCCUUGCACACGAUAUACUGGUAUACACGCUGAAGGAGCGGCGAUGGCGCGUAGAUUAUGGUCUGGAUCCCCAACGCACGAUGCUCGCCGUGCCAUACCGGGCCAAGGAUGUUCCCUCAUCUAGGGCAGAAUUCGGACAUCCAGACAUCGCAAUCGCACUUACAUGUCUUUCAUACUACUACGAAGGGCUCACUGAGAAACAGGUAGCCCUCUGCUUCCGUCAGCUACUCAAGCAAGACAAUCCCGCAUUGGAAUAUGAGGCAUGGAUCAAGGGAUUGUCUUUAGCUUCGCUUCCAGAAAACCUGCGACGCCUCAGCGGAAUAAACAUGGAGUCUACUGAACAGUUCACUACCUGUUUGGUCCCUCUCUUCGGGCGCAACAAGGCUGUCAUAGAUUUCUUCUUGGCUCAGAUCGUCUUUCCAAAAGAAGCGAAGCAAUUUCCCCACAAGUUAUCUUGUUCUGCUUGGGACCUUGCAGAGAAAAAGUCUUCCGGAUUGCUUACCACUGGCUUCAGUGGAACAAACGAUUUUCGCUACCUGCUACCCACCACCAUAGCGCAGCAUGCACUACCCCACCAGCGUGGUACGAACGCCAGAGUUCUCACCCACCUUUUGCAGCCAGAGAAUGGUCAUUAUGACUCACGUGCCGCCGGUAGAGGCGCUCGGGAGCUCCUUGAGGCCAUCGCGAAACAGUCGCCGGAAAUACGAGUCUUGCUCGAUGUGGGUGCACAAGUGCUUGACUUGCGAAAUGACAAGGUGGCGGAGAUGUGGCUGGAAAUCAACCUGGAUGCUCAGGCGGCGAUCUAUUUCAACAAGCACGAUGAACUUGUGGUGCGCACUCGGGAUAAAGUUAUAGAACCUUUCUCUGCGUCUUGCUUUGCUCAGCAAUUAGACCAGUGUGUAUUGUAUUUGGACGAUGAACACACCCGAGGAACGGACGUCAAGUUGCCUCGGGGAUUCCGCGCAGCUGUCACGUUAGGGCCAAAAGUCACUAAGGAUCGCCUUGUCCAAGGGUGCAUGCGUAUGAGAAAGCUCGGCCACGGCCACUCAGUCAUGUUUUUCGCACCUCCAGAAGUAGAUCGCAGCAUCCGAGACGUGAACAACAAGGACGAUGCUGAGGACAUUCAUGUGUCGGAUAUCCUCGUGUGGGCGAUGACAGAGACGUGCUCGGACAUUCAACGUCGUGCUUCACAAUGGCUUCAGCAUGGGGUGGAUUACACGUCUCGCCACAAUGCAUGGUCCUCGUUCUUAUCUAACCAUAUUCCGCCCGUCGAACUCGCCCGUUCUUGGCUUCAGCCAGAGGCCAAGCGCUUGGAAACGUUAUACGCAUCAGCUCAGAUGGACAAAUCUGUUUCACAGACAUCGCUAGAUGAAGAGCUCUUGGAGAGAUGCGACAGCCUUGGGUUAAGCGUUUUGCCUAACAACCGCUUGGACGAAGAGCAAGAGAGAGAAGUAGUACAGGAGAUCGAGCGUGAGUCCGAGGUGGAGAGACCGCCACAAGUGCCGGCUGCUACCCAUUGCAUCGACGAGGACGUCAGGUACUUCAUUCGAACAGGCUACAUUCCGGAUGGAUCUCGUGUGUUUACUGCAGUUUUCGACACCCUCACUACAACUUCAGCUGCUUUCUCGGGGAGUCAGCCGUGGUCACGGGACGUGUUUGCCUCGAGGGAUUUUACCACGACAGUUCUGACCGCAGACAAAACGGACAGCUAUAUUCGUCUAGUCAACUGGAUUCUUUCAAGCACAACAUCUGGCACACUGGUGCUGGUUAUUGUCAGCCCCUUCGAGGUUAACGCGUUAUUACCUGACAUUCGAUCAAGUAAACUAGUUCGCUUGCACACUUACACACCUCGUGUCAUCAAGAUGAUGAAGUCCUGCGAUGACUUGCGCCUUUACGUCAUACCAUCACUCCCCGCGCGAUGGAUGCUACAUGACUCCAUCACCCGCCAGCUCAACGUCUUUGCUGGGCAACUAUACCUUCCUCAUCGGCGCACAUACGUGAAGCUGUGCCGCUUCUUGGGCAUUUACACCGCAGAUCUCAAGGACCAGGGUACUUUUGAGAUCUAAAGUGAUGGUUUCAUCAGACCGGACGAUCGGCCUCCUGCUGCGGAUUACCCCGACACCUUCCAACAAUCGCCUAUCCCCAUGUUGAAGGCUCUCUUCAUUAUGCGCCGCAAGGGAAUGGGGUACUUGCCUACGCACAUCGGGAAGCUAUUGGGUGCUCAACGGUUGACGAACGAGGACUUCGAAGAGACAGCUUGAUC